ACUCAUGGAUCAUAGUUCCAGCAUUUCCGUACGGAUGCCCGUGUAUGAGAAGAAGGGGGACAUACACAUCACCACCCCGACAUUGAGCUCCAUCAAGGCCCUCACCCCCACUUUCAAUUGGACGGUCUGUCAUGGAGGGGCAGACUAUGACGAUGGCCUCCUGCUACCUCAUGUUUCCCGCGCUGUCCAGCUUCUUCUCGAGCAUCGAGCACCUCCGUGUGCUUACAUUAGCGACUCUCGAGGUAGGUGCCACGGUUAACGCAUUGUGCAAUAGCCCGGCACGCGUGGCGGAUGGCGACCCGGCAACGACCAUCAUGCCUGCUCCACGCCGGCGGUGUUUUAGUCAAGCAGCGCGCCAGCCUGACGCAGCCCGUCGUCCAAAAAGCCGCUUCUGGAUCCGUCCAGUUGUGGUUCGAUUCGGCGAUAGGCACCCCUUCCUAUUGGUGGCCGCGUGUUAUCUCACACUCUGGUUGUUCCAGGGAGAUUUGCGACUACGGUAUUCAAACUCGAUGCGUCAGACCCUGACGUUUCGCAACUUGCCGUGGAGGAACACGAUGCGCUCGGUCGAACAGGGCGCGGGGGUUCUAGCUAGUUGGCAAUGCUAAUCUGCGCGCUGCCUGCCUGGCGGCACAUGUUAUCUAUCUUCCUCCUAACGGACCUCCGGGGGCCGAAGGGAAUAGGGUGUCUGUCUGAUGGUGUCCGUUUAAUUACUCAAAUAUCCCCGAGAGCCGCCAUGCGCAACCCAACAUCAAGCCAAGAAUCGCAUUGUGGGCCAUUCCGUCUUUUCAGCUCUUCGGCAUGAACCCCCCUCCCUGU